AUUUAAUGGUGAAGCAAAAACAAAGAGAAUUUGCAUUGCAUAUUAUUGAUGAAGUACACCAACAUUGGCAAAAUUUAGUUAAACAGGAAGAUUCAUCCGGUGAAAUAGAAUGUUCUAACGUAACAGUGGAAGGGAGUCCUUUCAAAAUUACUACAGAAGCUGCAGAAGAGAUUUUAGAAAAAGCGCCUGAAUCAAUGGGACCUCAACCCAUAGAACCGAUAGUUGACAAAUGUUACUUCAUGCAUCCUAAAUUAUAACCGAAAUUAUAAUGGAAACUAAGAGAUGUAUUUAAUUUAUGAAUAUUAAAUGAAGAUUAUCGAAUUAUAUGAAGAUUAUACAUAUUAUAUAUUAAUUAAAAUUCUUGUUCAUUAAAUUAUUGUUACAAUUGUUUGAUUUCAGUCGAUAAAUGGCAUUACGUACACCUUAAAUAAGGACGGAUAUCUUCAUUCAAUGAUUUCUAUCGAAGUCAGUACAUAUCUAUUCCACUCACUCUAUUCAACAAGAAAUUUUUUAUUCAUUAUUUUCAUGUUUUUUCUCGAUGUAUCAUUUUUCACUACAUUCAAAUAAUUAUAAAAAUAGCAAAAAAUUAGCAAAAAUUAAACAAUUUAUAUAUGUAUGUGCUACUGCUUGUUAUUAAAAUUACAUACUUUUUUAAACAUUCGAAAUGAAUUAAAUGCGCGAAUAAUAUAGGAUAUACAAAUACAAUCCGGCACUUUCUUAGAUAUGUUUCGCAUAUGCGUUACCUUUGUUAUGAUAUUACAUCCAUAGCGUAUAUUUCGACUAUGAAAAAAAUAUAAUCUCAUAUGGGUUGUGAUAGCUAUACAGUUCUAAGCAAAUGAGUUUCUUAGAAAAAUGUUAAUUUCUUUGUAUUUUUUCCGAUAGAAUGAAGGCAACAAUAAACAUAUUGGCAUGAGUACAAA